ACGGAUGGAGAUGACGGCGCCUCUCCCGCGUCCUCCUGCUCCGUUACCGUGGCAACACACAGAGCGUCCGCUGCUGUGUGACAGAAUGGAAAGGAAGAUGGAGGAGAGCACUGUUAGAGACGUCGAGACUGGCAGUGAAACCGGAGGAGAGGAUGCCUUGGUGGGGAAUGUGAACAAACUGAUGGUGAGCCCACCAGGUUACUCAGGAGCUCCGCGAAAAGGACAUCUGGUUUUUGAUGCUUGCUUUGAGAGUGGGAACCUUGGACGUGUUGACUACAUCAGUGAGUUUGAGUUUGACCUCUUCAUCCGGCCUGACACCUGCAACCCCCGCUUCAGAGUCUGGUUCAACUUCACAGUGGAGAACAUCCGUGAGACACAGAGAGUCAUUUUCAAUGUGGUAAACUUCUCGAAGACCAAGAGCCUGUACAGAGAUGGCAUGUCUCCUGUAGUCAAGUCUACCAGCAGGCCAAAAUGGCAGAGGCUUCCGGCCAAAAACGUGUACUACUAUCGUUGCCCUGACCACCGGCGCAACUAUGUCAUGUCCUUUGCCUUCUGUUUUGACCGAGAGGAUGAUGUUUACCAGUUUGCCUACUGCUACCCCUACACCUACUCCAGGCUGCAGCACUACCUGGCCAGCCUUGAUCGUAGGAACCUGCCCUACCUGCAGAGGGAGCAACUGGGACUCAGUGUGGCCUUUGUUGCUCUUUCCAGUCUAUUGGCCUCUCACCCAUCCUUGGGCAAGGGCUCUGACUCUUCACCCUACCCCAGGCUCAGCCCCUCUGACUCGGGCCAGCAACUCGGCACGCCUGGGGGGCCUGGAGACCCCCGAUAA